AGCGCACACGCGUUACUCUCACUUUGCCCUUCGGAACGUCACGCCCGUUUUUGCUGUAGUAGACAGCAUCCCUUUCACAAGGUUUGGAGGUCUGUGGACGUAGUUAUGAGACAAUACAAGUACCAGCAUACCCUCUUCGUGUGCCGUCCUGAACUAUUAUGAGCACACCGGGUAACAAAAUAUUAUUGGAACAUCCGUAAUUAAUGUUACAAACGUACACAGCCCUUCAAACAAUCCUCGUUACAACAAAUGAAGUAAGGAAGCGGUAAGUAAGCCAGUUCUCCCCUGCCCACAGUGUCCGAUGGUUCUUCCCAGCUCCAGAAGGACAACACGGCCACUUCCUGUUCUGGAACGGUGGCCGGGUCGGUACAAAGACGCAUGCGCAGUAGCCACUCUCAUCUUCUCUAAGGACCCUAUUAUCCUGCACAGUGCCAGCUGUGUUCAGCCGCUGCUCUUUGAAUGACUGCUGCCUUUCCCUGUUGCAGGUAUUACCAUAACAUUUUGAAAGAAGAGAAACUUGAUGUUGAGUUGUAAAGACUGGGCAAGGACGUUUCUGAUUUUUCUUCCAGAACUCUUUGUGUUAGAGUUGCAUUUUGAAACAAUCAGUUUACUUCAUGAACACCAGUGGGAAGACAUGGGAGGGAGAGGACGAAUCCAUGGUCAGCCGUAUGCAAAAGAAGUUUUGGAAAACCAAGCAAGUCUUAAUAAAGGUUACUGGGAAAAAGGAAGAUGAACAUGUGGUUGCAUCAGAUGCUGAGCUGGAUGCCAAGUUAGAGGUAUUUCAUUCAAUUCAGGCAACAGGAUCAGAGCUUUUGAAAAUAAUUGAAAAAUACCAGCAGGCACUAAAUGCUCUCUCUCAGGAGGAAAAUGAUUUUGGUUUGCACUUGAAGGUCCAUGCUCAGCAGAACAGCACACAGGCUGGAAGAAUGAUGAAGGCUACCGGCAAUGCUCUGUGCUCGGCUGCUGGUCAAAGGUUGGCCCUCUGCACGCCGCUGUAUCGCCUUGAACAAGAAGUGGACACUUUUACAGGCCGGGCUGUAUCAGAUACUCUCCUGACUGUCAACCAAAUGGAGAAGGCACGGACAGAAUACAGAGGAGCCUUACUAUGGAUGAAGGAUGUGUCUCAGGAGUUGGAUCCUGACACCUAUAAGCAGAUGGAGAAGUUCCGAAAGGUGCAGAUACAAGUUAGGAGCACCAAGAGCCAGUUUGACAAGACAAAGAUGGAUGUAUGCCAGAAAGUAGAUCUUCUUGGAGCCAGCCGCUGCAACUUACUGUCACAUUCUCUGGCAUCCUAUCAGAGAACGCUUGUUCAGUUUUGGAAGACGACAGCUCAUCUAAUGUCUGAAAUUCAGGAGGAAUUUCAAGAGAUGCUUCCAUAUACUCCUUCCUAUCUUAAGCCUACCAAGCCGCAGGAAUAUACAGGCAACACAAGCAAGAAUGGACAUGAAGGGGAAAUGGCGAGCAACCAAGAAGAAAAUUCCAGUAAUGUGAUUGGGAAUCUUUUUGAUUUCGAUGUUGCUGAAAAAGCUGCUUUUCAAGAGGAACCUAAGCAUCUGCUAUUGGACAGUAGAGAAGCAGAGGAUUUUGAUCAAGAGUUUUCCUUCUUGAACUUACAAGCCCCGCUGUCUCCAGAACUGUCACAAGAAGAACAAAAUUUGUUUGGAGGCUCCAGCUCACAAGAAACUAGUUUAUGGACAAGGCAAUCGGACAAGCUGUCUGGAUUUCUUCCUUCUCAGCUCCUUGAUAUGGGUCUGCAGUCUGUUGGGGAAAUGAACUGGACAAUGGCGGGUGUAUCUUCGAGAGGUUUAAGGCCUGACAUGCAGAACUCUUCUAUCAAGAAUACAUCAGAACAAGAAACCCAAAAAAAUACAGAAAUGUCAACGUGGCUAAACAUGUUUGCGGAUCUUGACCCACUUGCAAGCCAUGGUGCCACCAAACAUUCAGAGGAUGAAUUGUUUAGUGCAUGAGUGCCUGGACAAGAUGAUGUAAUGAAUAAAAGGACCAUGUCCUAAAUGUUUUGUUUUACUACAGCUUAAAAAAAAGUGACACCUUUUGAACUUUUCUGGAGCCGAACACACUUGAAGAUAACUACUGCAGGACUUAUGGUACUACUCUUUGUAACACUGCUACCAUAGGAAAUAGAUCCAGCAAUCGGCUCUGGCUGCAAAGCAAGAUCCCAUUGGUUAUCAUUCACCUAUUAGAAUUUAUCACUGCAUUUGUUUUAUUUUAAGCAGAGCUACACCUUUUAAGACAGAUUGUUUAUUUGUAUAUACUAAAAGUAUAGAUAUAUAGAGUUAAGAGACAUGAAUUCCUGUAAAGUUAAAUAAAAAAACUUUAAAAUUAUACAA